CCCGUCAUCGAGCUCUUCGUCAAGUGAGAAAAUAAUGGAAAGCCUUCACCUGAGAUCUUGGGAAUUGCUUAGUGUAAAAGCCACGGUGACAAACGUGAAAAUUUCCAGCAGACUAGGCUGGCAGUGAUGGUGAAAGCAUAGGAAACUGUCCUUUUUCUCAGAGGCUGUUCAUGAUUCUUUGGCUAAAGGGAGUGGUGUUUAGCGUCACAACAGUUGACCUGAAGAGAAAACCAGCAGACCUUCAAAAUUUGGCUCCAGGCACUCAUCCGCCCUUCAUAACUUACAAUGGUGAAGUGAAAACAGACGUGAAUAAGAUUGAAGAAUUCCUGGAAGAUGUUUUGGCUCCACCCAAGUACCUAAAACUUUCACCAAAGCAUCCAGAAUCCAACACUGCUGGAAUGGAUAUAUUUGCCAAAUUUUCUGCAUUUAUCAAAAAUUCUAGACCGGAAGCUAAUGAAGCCUUAGAACGUGGCCUCUUGAAAACCCUCCAGAAACUGGACGAGUAUCUGAACUCUCCUCUUCCUGAUGAGAUAGAUGAAAAUAGCAUGGAGGAUAUUACAAUUUCUACCCGCAAGUUUUUGGAUGGCAAUGAGAUGACAUUAGCAGACUGCAACCUGCUACCCAAACUACACAUUGUCAAGGUGGUGGCCAAAAAAUACCGCAACUUUGAGAUUCCCAAGGAAAUGACAGGGAUUUGGAGAUAUCUGACGAAUGCUUAUAGCAGGGAUGAAUUCACCAAUACCUGUCCUGGAGACAAAGAAAUUGAAAUAGCUUACAGUGAUGUAGCCAAGAGACUCACCAAGUAAACAGCACUUGCAAAAGAGAUGACUUCUUGCAUAUUCCAUAACAAUGCUUCUAACAGACUGCUCUUUUCAUAUAAGAUAGCAAUUUUUUUUGCAUGAACUUGCAGUUAUUCAAAGUUAUGGUGGAUAGACCAGGUACAGUAAUUACCUAAAGUUUGCAGACUUAAUUAUAGGCUUGUUUUUCCUUACCUCCUUUCACAGCAAGUUUGAAUAUCAUUAACGCAGUUAUGUUAAUAUUGCACUGGGGUAACUCUAGAUUCUUCAGUAUGAAGGGUUAUCUUGCCCCUACUACUUUUCUUUGCAAACAUUUGGUCCCUGUCUACGAAUUGGUUUAGGAUACUGUCUUGCUAUAUGGUACAAGGAAUAUUUAUGUAUUUUGGAAUUUAUUGCUUGUCCAGAAGAUCUAUACACAAUUGUCAUAUAUGUGACACAUUGAACUGUACCUGCUUGUCUAUCCUAUUUACAUAUAGAAGGGAACUUAUUAUCCAAAAGAGCCAUUUGCAGAAUAUUUGGCAACGUUUUUAAAAAAAAUUUCUCUUGGAUUUGAAAUCACAGUAAUGGUUGAGAAUGGACUCAAAUGUGAAACUUGGAUUUGAAUGACCUCAGACAUCAGGGAAGUUUGAAUCUAGGCUUCAGUGCUAUAGCAGGAAGCUCACAGUUCAGAGUUAGUAUUUAGUUGUGUCUUCAAGAGCUUGAUGAGAUUAAAAAAAAACCCCCCCUUUUUUUUUUUAAAUUGGCAACCUACAUUUGUCUCAAAUUCUGAGUUGCAGCGAAUGAAAAAUUGUCAGGAUGCCCUUUACCAUCAUGAAACCAGAAGAACUGGAUGCUUGCCAUCUGUUCACCUUAAAAAUUGCAAGUGGCUUUCUUUUUGGUAGUUAAGAGCCUUUAUUUUGUAUAGGUCUUUCUGGUGAUAUUUACUUACAAAAUCUGUGCUGUCAUAAACAAAGUACAUGUAAACAUUAGUGUCCUAGUUGAUAAAUAGCUACUGUAUAUGGUGAAUAGCAGUGCAAUGAUUAGGGAUGCAAGACUGAACACUGAUAGCCAUUAAAGUGGGAGUCUUUCUGGGAACUUUUUUAAGCUAUUUCUUUCCUGAAGAAAGCUAAAGUGACCUUUAAAGAUAACAUUUGCCUUAAAUUAUAGUAUGCAUUUUUUCCUGAAAGGAAAUCUAUUAAUUACUUUUAAAGAAAUGGUGCGUGAAAUCCAGUCCUUUACAUUGAAUUUACCCUAAUUGCUUGUCUGUGCACCUGGGCUGCAAUUUUGCAUAAUCAUAAUCAUUGCACUACUAUACAUAAUCUUUUUACGGCAACACUGAGGAAUAGCACUACAAUUUUUUUAAAAGCAAUUUUCAAAUAUUUCUAAACCAGGGAAUAGUUUUCUUGUUUAAAAUUAAUGAUUUUGAUGCAUGAAAUAAACUGCUAGGUUAUUUUUAAAAGACCGUCAUAAACAACUCCAAAGAAUGCUAGACUUAUAUGCCUAUUUUUUUGUAAAGAUACUUUUAUAUUUAACGAAUUUUAGAAGCUGGAAAGUGCUAUUCCUGGUAGGUUGUUCUUGGAAUAUUUAACAUUCUGCAAUAACAUGGAAAUGCUCACAUAAACACUUUUAUACACUAA